GAUCUGAGUAGAUGCGAGUAACUUUCUCCAAGUUUUUGAUGAACGAAUUUGUACUAUUAAACCAGGCGUUACCCGAAUCCCCUAAUUGAGCCUUUCAUUUCCUGUCAUCUCUUGCAUCUUAAUGUAGACGUUCAGCGUCGUUUGAAUCCGAUGAAUCUCUCAGGCACCUUCAACGCGUUCCGCCUGCUGAGAGAGCCGUCAAUAUGUCUCCCGCAUCAUACUAUACCAACAUUUGAGCACCUCUCCCUACCCCUGGGCGCCGACUUUGCAAGGCGUGCAGGGCAGAGCAAACCGAGCAUCAAGGCGGUUGUGCUCGAUAAGGAUAACUGCUUUGCGAUUCCGCAUACAAAUGAGAUCUAUCCUCCGUAUAAGGCGAAAUUCGAGGAGCUUCGCAAAGCCUAUCCAGGUCGUCGGCUCCUGAUCGUCUCCAACACGGCCGGAACGCUCUCCGACCCGGGAAAUCGCGAAGCCGAAGAGCUGGAGAAGAACACCGGCGUCCAUGUCUUGCGGCAUGCGGUCAAGAAACCCGGAUGCCACCAGGAGGUUCUGGAUUAUUUCCGAAAGAAUCCAGAAGCGCAGGUGACAUCGCCCGCGGAGAUCGCGGUGGUGGGCGAUCGGUUGCUCACGGAUAUGAUGUUGGCGAAUAUGAUGGGGUCCUAUGGGGUGUAUGUUCGGGAUGGGGUGACGAGCGAGCGAAGCAUAUUCUCAAGCAUGGAACUGCGCCUGAGUGCGUUCCUGCAGAAGCGUGGGGUUGUGGCACCGCACCCUGUGAGCGAUUUCGAAUGAUCCCAGAUUCUGAGGACGUCGAGCCUCGGUUGAGUCGUGUCGAGCUCGACUGGUCGAGACCUGUUGCUUGGAACAUCUACCAAGUACUAAAGUACUUCCGGCAACAUAUUCUGUCAGAGAUCAACCAUUUCAUUGCAGCCAGCCCGCAAUUAUGUGCAAUGUAGAUCGUACACGCUGGCGGAAUUAAUAGCAUAAAGUGGUAACUCCGUGAACUUAGGUUUCAGACCUCGUCCCCCCUGUCG